UAUCAAUAGCCUUCAUCGAAAUUCACCUCCACAAGCUGCUCUUAUCGUCAUCACUUGGAACGUGCUUCUCUUCCACGAAAUCCACUCCUCAACUACGAUGAAGUCAAUCUUCCCAGUUUUCAGGAGCAACCCAUUUUCCCUCUCAACAACACCUCUGAAACCCUUAAAGGCUUCCGUCAAACCCCCACCCCCAGAUUUUGAUUACAGGAGAGAGAUCUCGGAGGAGUCCAGAGCCGCCAUAGCCGAAUCUCACCCCGAGUUGCUGGACUUAGCCGACAAUGGGAGCUUGAUCUUGGUCCAGAAGAAGAGGUUUGGCCCAGUCCCGUCUUGGAGGACCGAAUUCGUGGAGCCUGAAUUCAUUUGGCUGAUAGGAACUUCCCAUGUUUCCAAGGAUUCGGCUAUGGAGGUAGAACGCGUGGUGCGCGCUUUGAGGCCUGAUAAUGUUGUUGUAGAGCUCUGCAGAAGCAGAGCUGGGAUCAUGUAUGUUUCCGAGGAUGAAGAGCCGAGGAAACAAUUGCGUUCUAACAUGUUUUCCUUGAGUGGCACUGGUUUCUUUGGAGCUGUUGGUCGUAGCAUAAACCUAGGUGGUCAAACUGCAUUAGCAUUACGAUUACUUUUGGCUGCCUUUUCAUCAAAGAUUUCUUCGGAUAUUAAUCGCCCUUUUGGUGAUGAGUUCCGUGCUGCUCGAAAGGCUUCCGAGGAAGUUGGAGCACAGAUAGUUUUAGGAGAUCGACCAAUUGAAAUAACGCUUCAAAGAGCAUGGAAGGCUAUGAGAUGGAGUGAGAAACUAAGUUUAGUGUUAUCGAUUUUUCGUGGGAUAGCAUUUUCAUCAAACAUUUCUGUAAAUAAGCUAAAGGAAGCAAAUUGGGAUGAUGAUAAAUUUCAACUUUAUGAGCAGCUGAGUUUUUCAUAUCCUUCCUUACUGUCACCUCUCAUACACGAACGAGAUACAUAUCUUGCAUGGUCAUUGAAGAGAAGCAAAGCUGUGAAUAACAGUAAAAGGGUUGUGGGUGUGAUAGGAAAAGGUCAUAUGAAGGGUGUAAUAUAUGCGUUGUUAUGCGAUACAGGAAAUUUGAGGUUUAGGGACCUUGUAGGGAAAGAUUCUCGUAGUGGUUGGAUCAGUGGCAUAGUCAAGAGUUUAGUGAGGGAUACAAUCGUUGGUAUCUUCUUAUGGGCCUUAUAUGAAUUCAUAAAUGGAGGAAGAUAGACUGUUACUCCCUGCA